CUGGAGCUGGUAAUGUGCGGAAGGGGUAGACUUUGAUAUGAAUUUACAUGCUAGAGUUGAUAUUCUUUCAGAAGAGAAUGUAAGCCUUAAACAGCAUGUCCAGACAGCAUUUAAUCCAGAGUCCUGCCAGUCAUGUAGAAAUCUCCAGGAACUAAACACCUCACUACAAGAGCAUUUCAAUACUUUACUCAAGGAAAAAGAUAACAAGAUAAAAUUACUAAGUGUUAGACUAAAGGAGGACCAUACACUUAGGGUGGAAGGAUGUAAUGCACAGAGUAAUUUAACACAAGAUGGGAAAGUUUGUAGUUCAGCUGAUGGUGAAAAAGAAGCAGGACAAAAAGAGCCGACUGAGGCUAGUAGUAAAACAACAUUGAUGAAUGGAGACCUGUUUGGUGAAGUAGAUCAAUCAUCUUUAUCUAGUAAAGUGGCCUCCAAGCUGACGCUAAACAGACUCAAGAAAAGACACAGCCGAUAUCAAGAGGGCAUGCCAGAUUGUAAAAGAAGAAAGCCAGUAGAGGAGCUGCAAGUGAGUUCUGUGACAGCCAGUGACUCAGUGCUGGUGCCAGAAACAGAAUGUCUAGACAAGUUACAGCCCAGCACAGAAUGUCUAGACAAGUGCCAACCCACCACACAAGUUGUUCCUGAAACUCUAGGAGUCCACUCUCCUUGGCAGCACAUGGAAGACAACCUGACAACAGCAGCCAGAAGUUUGAACCAAAGUCCAGACGAGACUUGUACCUCUGUUGAUGGCGAAUCAGGGUCAGAGGUCACUCUCAAUACCCAGGUAGCCAACAUAAGUACAGCACGGUGUCAGGAUGUGGAGAAUUCUAAUGAUGUUACACACUUUUUGUUCCAAGCCAUAUCACAACGCAUCCACACACAUGCUCUUGACAAAUGCUCUACAAAUGCUGAUGGACAGAUGGACGGAAACGGUCCUGAGAAUAUUGUGAGUGAAAAACAUGCGGGUAACAAGGCAAAGCAAGGGGAGUCACCUGAAGACAAGCAGAAACAGCAGACCAGCAGGAACAGCGCUCAACUCAAGUCUGCCAAGAAAAAACUAAAUGGACAGACAGUCUGUGAGAAAACUAAUUCCAGAGCUCUUCUAUUGAAAGAAAAUAAAAAUGUGUUAACCAAUAAAAAGAAUUUGGAUAGUUCUUUAAAACAGAGCAGACUUAAUCAAGUGGUGAGGAGACGGAGAAUACCUGCAACACCGCACAGCAAGUCAUCAGCUGAAGAAGAGCAGGUGAAGGAAGCUAUUCGUAGAUCACUUGAAGAAAUUGAAAGAAAAAAUUCUCUUGCAUCUGUUGUGAAAGACAUUUCUACUGCAACAUUUGUCAGGCUGUUACCCUCCACAUCAGUCAAAUCCCAAACAACAUCAGCAGCUAGACAUCAAACAUUGGAGGUUACACAGGCCAGGACAAUUUCACCCAAAGCUUUAAGAUCACAAGAAGCAACUGAAAAAAACAUUGAUGUCAGCAGCAAGGAUGAGUUAGAGAAGAAGAAAACAACACCUUCUAAGACUCUUGGUGUCAUGUCAAGGAAGCAUACAUUACCAGGGCAAAGUAAAAAUAUGGAUGAAACUAUUCAGGAAUCAAAUAUAUUUGAUGAGACCAUUGCACCACAUCUGAUCACUCAAGUGAACUUAGAGAAGGGGCAGGCAGCAGGGAAACAACCACAGCCAAAAGGGAAACAACCACAGCCUAAAGGGAAACAAGUUGAUUCUCAUCAGCAUCUGGAUAGUGAACCAGCACAUACUGGAGGAAUGUCUAAGGCCUAUCAAGAGACAAUAUCACAGCUGGCUACAGUUACAGAUGGUGAAAGAUUGAGCUCUAGAUUUUCUGUCCACUCAAUUGAUAGAGGAAGUGAUGCAAGUUGUGAUGGCUCCUUUACAGAUGAAGACAAUGAAACUAUUGCUCCAAGCCCAAAGGUGAUCUCACAGCUACUGUGUAGUAUCCCUUCAAGCUCCAGAAGUUUCAAGUUUUUUCCUACCAAGUCUCAUCUCCCCACAGUCACUAAUAAAGAUAUGAGCUGUGACUUUACCCAGACUUUAGUUCCCUUCACUGAUGAGUAUUCUUGUUACCAUGGGGAUUCUGAUGUGUCAUUUGAAGAUGGGAGUCAUGCUUUGGACAGGCCAGUUACACCACCACCAUUACAGGAACUGACCACUUCAUCACCACCAUUACAGGAACUGACCACUACACCACCACCAUUACAGGAGCUGACCACUGCAAUGGUGGAGGUGAAAACUGAAUUACAGAUUGACUGGUUUAAUGACAGCUUUGAUAGAGUACCAAAGCAAGAAUCCUUGGAGUUUGCUCAUGCUCAGGUUGUCAGGAAGAAAAGUGAGAGAGAUAAGUUAGACGGAUUCAGCUGUAAACAGUGCUACCAGUACUACAAGAAUUCAGGUCUGUCUGAUGAAGCCCUCAAGGUGAAGAUGAAAGAAUGCUCACGUCAUCGAGAUCGGUAUAGAGCUCCUGAGACGCCAGAACAUUUCUGGUCCUUAGGAUUUCCAGACACCGCUGACAUUGUUGAGAGAAAAGAAAUGUCAGCUGAUUCACCAGCCACUCGACCACCCAGGAGACGUAAACGUUUGGAGAAACAUUUCCAAUCAAGACACGAGGGAGAGAUUCAAGCUCCAAGUUAGUUUUCUUCAAUUGGUCAACAUUACAACUACACAUCUAAACAAACCAAUUUCAUUAGGGCCACUUUGUGGAGGAGCCAACUUACUUUGGGCCACUUUGUGUAGGAGCCAACUCAACUUUGGGCCACUUUGUCCAGGAGCCAACUCAACUUUGGGCCACUUUGUGUAGGAACCAACUCAACUUUGGGCCACUUUGUGUAGGAACCAACUCAACUAAGGGCCACUUUGUGUAGGAACCAACUCAACUUUGGGCCACUUUGUGUAGGAACCAGCUUUGGGCCACUUUUGUUGGAAUCAACUCAACUUUGGGCCACUUUGUGUAGGAACCAACUUUGGGCCACUUUGUGUAGGAACCAACUCAACUUAGGGCCACUUUGUGCAGGGGCAUAAAGCAUUAGCAGCUGCAGUGUACUACAGAAGUUUUACAGGGAUCUUCAUUAGAUUAAUUAGCAUGUAUUUCUGAACUAGAUUUGAUGAGAAGAAGCUAUGUUGUAUUGUUUUGGUUUCCUGACUAAAGAGAUCAAAUUGGUCUGAAAGUGUCAAAACAUUUAUUUUAUAAAGACCACAGAUUCUACUCUGUUGUGUGGACUAACAUUUGAUUUAAUUUUCUCACCAACUACUAUAUUUGCACAUUCAUGAUUUAGUCCAUGUACAAAUUAGUAUUGACUACAUUUUCCUGUUUGCAUCAUUAAAAUUUUAAUCAUUUAUUUUCUGAUUUUUUAAAAAUUUAUAUUUGUUAUUUAGCCUCAAAUAAAUUCUGAUGUUGGUAAAUGAUUCAAAUUGACUGUAUGCAUACUUUUCUCUCUCUCUUUUAAUGUCAUUUUUUUCUGAGGCUUUGAGAACUGAAUCUAAAGCAGUAUGUGUAGACCUUAAGGCUUUUGGUGAAAAAAUUA